UCCAGGGUUCUUUCGUGCCGUUGCCGAAAUUCCCAUAAAGUCGGGUAGGGUACGAUAGGUAGGCACUUUAAUAUAUAUCCUUCAGGGUCAACCUCCUUCCGAGCUUCUUCUUCCCACCCCUUCCGCUCUCUUCUCUUUCAAGAUAUUUAUCUUGAGUUUCGUUCACUCUUCCGUCUUGCUAGUCGAGUUAUAUAUCCCACGUUCCUUUCUUCCUGCUUGAUCGGUAGUUGCUAUACGCAUACCCAAGUUGACAUUGUUCUUUCGAACCUUCGACUAUCCUUCUUCCUAUAUACUAGCUCCCUGCAAGACAGGUACUCACUAUAGCAUCACGAACGCCCGGCUCUGCGUUCACGUUUUCCUCAAUAUAUUCUUCCAUCACUAGGUCUUCCCGGCAACAUCACCUUAAAUCCCUUCACGGUUAAACAUAUCGAUACCCUUCGUAUAAGUCCAAGAGACUCGCUCAAAAUGCGCUUCCAAGCUACACUUCUACCUCUUCUCCCCAGCCUCGUGGCUGCUAUCAGGCCUCCCAAUGUCAACGGCAUGAACCUGGCUUUCUUUGAGGCCUGGGAGGGCCCCGCGGGCUCUGCUCCCAACACCAAUGUCUGGAACAUAAUGGACUCGAUCAAUACCAACAACGAAGUCCAGACAUACUCGCUCUCGAACAACAACCUCCAGAUCAGCGGUGGCGGCACUGUCCAGUUCGUGCCCCGAAAGUCGAGCACCGGUCAAUGGACCUCAGCUCGUAUCGAGUCGAAGGCGUCAUGGACACCGACCCCGGGCAAAGUCAUGAUGGUCUCUGCCAACAUCCUCGUGGGCAGCAACGCCGCCUCCAACAAACAGGGCAUGUGGCCCGCGUUCUGGCUCCUCGGUGACGCCGUUCGUCAUGGCACCGAGUGGCCUGCGUGCGGCGAGAUCGAUAUCUUCGAGCAGGUGAACGGCGUAGCUACAGGUCACGGCACGCUACACUGUGGCUCCGAGCAAGGCGGUCCCUGCCAAGAGACGACGGGCCGUAGCGGCACCGUGCCUAUGCCCCUUGACGGCUUCCACACCUGGUCCGUCAAGAUCGACCUGACGAACGGCGAUUGGCGCGCCCAGACCAUUUCCUUCCAGGUCGACGGCAACACCUUCUACACCGUCAGCGGCGCCGACCUGAACGAUGCUCCUGUCUGGUCGACGCUGGCCCACAGCCCGAUGUACAUGAUUUUCAACGUCGCCGUUGGCGGCAACUGGCCCGGUGCACCCAAUGCCGCUACUCUCGACGGCUACGGCGCAAUGAUGGAGGUGCAAUGGGCAGCUGUAUACACCUCGUAGUGAACACCCAAUAGGCACUACGGAAAUAGAUCUGGACAUGGGAGCCGUAUGAUAAAAUAAAACAUACGGAUAGGAUGGCGUUCUUCAAUUCAUGAUAGAUAUGGUAGAUAUCGGGGUCUUCUUUCGGAAGACUUUUUUCUUACUCUUUUUUUGCUUU